AUGCCGUCCUCUGUAUCCAAAAGACAUUUUUAUCACGGUAAAAAAAGCAUUGGUGAUUGUGUAUAUUGGUAAAAUUAGUAACCACCAAUUUAUAGGUAUUCAAUAUUAUCAAUAAUGCUACUUAGUUAUGUUGUUUACGCCAUUUAAACUACUAAUAAUGCAAAAAUCAACCAUUUCAAAUGAACUUUUUUUUUAUAGUCGCUUACACUUUUUAUCAUUGAUAAAGCUGAUUUUUUGAUAUUAAAAAGUUAAUUUGACCAAAAGUGUCGCUUAUGCCCUUUUGCCUAUUAAGGCUCGAUAUCAUAUGGCUAACUAAUAAUCAUAUACUUUAAUGCUAUAAAUACAUGCUACAAGUAAAUCUCUUUUGGGCUUAUUGCUUUCUUUAUUAAAUUAAAAACAUGGAUACGAUCACGCAUGGGGCAAAGUAGAUUGGCUGGCUUGGCAUUACUUAAUGUACACAUAGAUAUAAAUGUAUUUGUUGAAAAAUCAGAGAUAGAUUUGUAAAACCGUGUGAGAUAAAGUUAAAACCUAACUGCAAANAACGAAUUAAAAAACAUUGAACAGAUUCAAAUUAAAAAGGCGCAUAGCAAUAAUAAGUCAAUUACCACUAAUUCCAAUCUAAUAAAAAACAAAGAAAUACUAUAUGACAAUGAAAAUACUCCAAUUAACAUAUCUCAUGAAUUAAAUAUAUCACAGCACAAACAGGCCAUACAAUUAUUAAAAAAAUACUUAUAUUUAUUUACAUCAGACGCAUCUAAUAUAAAAUCAGCAAAUAUAAAAUCGUGCGAGAUAAAGUUAAAAUCUAACUGCAAAAAGACCCAAAAUUUCAUGUCCCCCAUAAAGUAUCUUCACAACAAAGAGAUGAGCUCAAAACACAAUUAGAUAAAUUAAAUAAAGCCGAUAUUAUUCGNAAUCAGCAAAUGUAAAACCGUGCGAGAUAAAGUUGAAACCUAACUACAAAGACCCAAAAUUUCAUGCCCCCCAUAGAGUAUCUCCACAACAAAGAGACGAACUCAAAACACAAUUAGAUAAAUUAAAUAAAGCCGAUAUUAUUCGUCCAAUAAUAUCUAAAUUUGCAGCACCAGCCUUUUUAGUCAAGAAAAAGGAAAAGGGUUCAUACAGACUAGUAGUAUCCUACAAAGAACUAAAUGAAAGAGUCGAGACAGACCAAUAUCCCAUACCCAGAACUUCUGACCUAUUAAGAGCUCUAGAGGGAGCUACAUAUUUUAUCUCUUUAGAUUUAAAUAGUGGUUUUUUCCAACUUCCUGUUAGAGAGGAAGACUAA